AUGGAAUCCACCUACCUCUGGAGGAAUCCAAGGUAUCCCGUGCUAAUUGUUUGCUUCAGGGGCGUCUACGGGGCGAACUAUCAACCGGCAGACAUUCCCGCAGACAAGGUGACGCACUUGCUCUAUUCCUUUGCGGAUAUCCAAGUCUCCUCCGACCCCUAUUCAGACACGCAACGCAAGUACUCUGGCGACGACAACCAAGAUGGCAACGCCUACGGCUGCGUCAAGCAGCUCUACGCCCUCAAGAAGCAGAACCGCCAGCUCAAGCUCGUCCUCUCCAUCGGCGGCUGGACCUGGUCGAGCAAGUUCCCCGCCGUCGCCGCCUCGGACACGGCUCGUAAGCAAUUUGCCUCCUCUGCGAUCAAACUCAUGAUCGACUGGGGCUUUGACGGCCUCGAUAUCGACUGGGAAUACCCCGCCAGCGACACGGAAGCAACCAACUUUGUCGCCCUCCUCAAGGAAGUCCGCUCCCAACUCGACACCUACGCCGCGGCCAACGCAAACGGGUACCACUUCGCCCUCACCAUCGCCUGCCCCGCGGGUCCCUCGCACUACCAGCAGAUGAACCUCCGCGGCAUGGACCCCUACGUCGACGCAUGGCACCUUAUGGCCUAUGAUUACGCGGGCUCCUGGGACACCACGACCGGCCACCAAGCCAACCUUUACCAGAACCCGUCCAACCCCACGGCGACCAAAUUCGACACCCAGACCGCGCUGACGUACUACCUCUCCCAAGGCAUCGCCUCCAACAAAAUUGUCCUCGGUCUGCCGCUGUACGGCCGCUCUUUUGAGAACACGGCCAACGGCAUCGGAUUGCCCUACUCCGGCGUCGGCACGGGCUCCAUCGAGCCGGGCGUGUGGCACUACAAGGUUCUCCCCAAGGCCGGCGCCGUUGAAAUCUAUGACUCGACGGCGGGUGCGCUGUACAGCUAUGAUAGUUCCACCAAGGAGCUCAUCAGCUACGACAACCCCGCGAGCGCGGGCGUCAAGGCCCAGUAUCUGCUCGACAAUAAACUCGGCGGUGCCGUCUUCUGGGAAGCCGCUGGGGACCGCAAGGGCGAGGGGAGCCUGGUGGGUGUGUUGGCGAGCAAGAUGGGCAAGCUGGAUUCGAACCAGAAUUUGUUGAGCUACCCCAACAGUCAAUAUGCCAACAUUAAGAGCAAUCUGGCGUAG